AUGAAGCAAAACCACGAAGGCCUCUUUACAGAUGCUGAGACGACCGUCAAAAUCGGCACGUAUUCCGACGCCCAUUCGACCCCUCUACCUGCCCACAUCCCCGCAUACCAUGCCUCUGCUUCAUCGCACGAAUGGGCUAUGAUGCUCACAGCCGACUCUCAAUCCAAGUUUCACUUGCUUCUUGCUCAGUCCAUUGGCGCUAAACGCGUUCUUGAAAUUGGCGUCUUCCUUGGCUACUCGGCACUUGUCUGGUCGCAUGCUGUCGGCCAAGAUGGGCAGGUUACCGGCCUCGAAUACAGCGAGGAGUAUGCUACCAUUGCGCGCAAGGCAUGCUCCGAUAAUGAUGUUUCCAACGUUGAUAUUAUUGUUGGCCCUGCUGCUGAAACCCUUCCAAAUCUCGAACCAGAGCACCCCUAUGACAUUGUGUUCCUCGACGCCGACAAAGCGGGCUAUGUUGGCUACCUCAACACUCUACUUGGUCGCUCCCAGCCAGGAAGCGCCAAACGCAUGCUCCGACCAGGCGCACUCAUCAUUGCCGACAAUGUGCUACAAUCUGGUGGCGUUGUCAAGGAUGGCGAAAGCAAGAGACCGUCUGUUGCAGCAGCGCAGGUGUUUAACGAAUUCUGUCUACAAGAAAAGAGACUUCAGACUGUGUUGCUUCCCCUCUGGGAUGGACUCACUGUUGCGCGAGUUGUGGAUUAA